CAACCACCACGAAACUACCAUCCAAGUUCAUGAAUCCUACCUCAUUUCCUUCCCUAUAUAUGUCCCCAUCUCCACCACCAUUUCUCACUCACCAGACACAUAAAAUCUUCGAAUUCUAAAGAAUUAAAUGAAAAUGCCUUCCUCUUCUACAACUAUAAUCUCCAAAUGCACUAUCUACCCAGACCAUAAGUCCUCCAUUAAAACCCUCAAGCUUUCCGUUUCUGAUCUUCCUAUGCUUUCUUGCCAAUACAUCCAAAAGGGUGUUCUUCUCUCUUAUCCACCAUAUUCCGUUGAUGACUUUAUCACAUCUCUUAAACGUUCUCUCUCUACCGCUCUUGCUUUCUUCCCUGCUCUCGCUGGCCGUCUCUCCACCGAUCCCGACGGCCAUGUCCAUAUAGUUUGUAACGAUGCAGGUGUCGAUUUUAUCCAAGCAAAAGCUAGACACCUCUUUAUCGACGACCUUAUUUCUCCUCAUCUUGACGUUCCUGAUUGCGUCAAGGGUUUUUUCACUUUAGAUAGAAUGCUUAGUUAUUCCGGUCACUCUAAGCCCUUAGCUGCAAUUCAGGUAACAGAGCUUGCCGAUGGCGUUUUCGUUGGCUGUACUGUUAAUCACGCAGUUACUGACGGGACUUCUUUUUGGCAUUUUUUCAAUACUUUCGCUGAAAUCUGCAAAGGGGCCAAGAAAAUAACAAAAUCGCCUGAUUUUUGCCGUGACACCGUUUUUAACUCUCCGGCGGUGCUUAAGUUCCCCGCCGGUGGUCCUAAGGUUACCUUUUCAGGUGAUGAGCCGUUGCGCGAGAGAAUUUUCCGUUUUAGCAGGGAAGCUAUCCUUAAGCUUAAAAGCAGAGCCAAUAACGGUAAUUUCUUAGAGAUAUUGGGGAGACAAUGCAACGACAGUUGGAAAGUCGUUGAUGGAGACACAAACAGUUUCUUAAAGAAUAAAGCGGCAGAGAUUUCGUCGUUUCAAUCAUUGUGUGCGCAACUCUGGCGUUCCGUUACACGUGCGAGGAAUCUCUCCCCUACAAAAACGACUACGUUUCGUAUGGCUGUAAACUGCCGGCACAGACUGGACCCAAAGCUCCAUCCUUACUACUUUGGUAACGCGAUACAGAGUAUUCCUACCUUAGCUACAAUAGGAGAGCUUCUUUCUCGGGAUCUGCACUGGGGAGCUGACUUGCUGCACAAAAACGUCGUCGCACAUGACGACAAUACGGUUCGGAAGGGUAUAGCAAAUUGGGAAAGUGAACCGCGUUUGUUUCCGCUAGGAAACUUCGACGGUGCAUCAAUCACGAUGGGUAGCUCACCCAGAUUCCCGAUGUACGAUAAUGAUUUUGGGUGGGGCCGACCUUUGGCAAUUAGGAGCGGUAGGGCCAAUAAAUUUGACGGCAAGAUCUCAGCUUUUCCCGGUAGAGAAGGGAAUGGGAGCGUUGAUCUGGAAGUUGUUUUGGCACCAGAAACUAUGGAUGGACUUUUAUCCGACGGUGAGUUUAUGCAGUACGUAUCGGUAAGCGAGUAAGUGAUUACACAGUAGUAAAAACUCGAAUAGAGAUAAGAAAAAAUGGGCAAGGCUGCGAACAUGUUGGGUGCCGAUGAUGUGGUAGCUGUCCAAAUCUCUGGAGUGUAAUGUGGUGGUGAUGGUUACAGGUCAGACAUGUGGGGAAAUGAAUUGGAAGGUUAUGAUUGGGUAUUUGAAAUUUUCAUUUUUGUUUUGAAUAUUAGGCAGGGUAUAAUAGGAAAUAAAAAGCACCAUUUUCAUUUUGGGAUUGUUUUGGCAUAAUUAAUGUGUGUAUGACCUUUGUAAAUGGAAACUGGCAACUUGCAUUUCCUACAUAAUUAUCAUUUAUCAAGCAAAGAGAAUGGAAAUUUUAGGCACCAUUAUUGUGGAAA